AUGAAAGUUUUUACAGUUGCGAGAUUAAAACCAGGGGAAACUAAAAUAACAAUAGAUAAAAAUUAAUUAAGAAUUCUUGAUAAAUCUUAUGAAUUUGAUGUAAUUUUAGAUGAAUAAACAAAAUAAGAUGAUUUAUAUGUUGGAUUAAAUAUAAGCCAAUUACUUGAAUAAUUUAAAAAUGGAAUUAGUUAAGUGAUAUUUUGUUAUGGUUAAACAGGAUCAGGUAAAACAUAUACAGUGAAUUAAUUAAUACCUAUGAUUUUGCCAUAGAUUCUUGAAAGUAAAUUUGAAAUUAGUUUUUCUGUUCUAUAAAUUUAUAAUGAAAAAAUAUUGGAUAUGCUUUAUAAAUAGUAAUUAAAAUUAAGAUAUAAGAAUAAUGAAUUUGUACCAGAAAAUCUUACAAAAUUAAUAUGUCACUCUUAAGAAGAAUUAGUAAAAUUAUAUAAUAAAGCUAAUAAAAACAGAAUAAUAAAUUCUCAUUCAUUAAAUGAUUUUUCAAGUAGAUCUCAUUGUAUAUAUACAUUUCAUGGUUAAACUACUGAUUUAUAAUGUGAAUUUAAUAUUGUAGAUUUGGCUGGUUCUGAAAGAUUAAAUUAAACAAAAGUAUAAUAAAUUCAUGAGAGUGUUGAAAUAAAUAAAUCUCUAUUUUAUUUAAGAUAAGUAAUAUAAAAUUUAGCUGAUAAAGUUUAAUAAAUACCUUAUAGAUAAUCUAAAUUAACAAGUAUAUUAAAGAAAAGUUUAAAUGGUAAAUCUAAUAUUGUAAUGGUAAUAUGUUUAAAUCCUUCUGAUGAAAAUUUAUAGUAAUGUUAACAAUCUGCUUAAUAUGGUGUUAAGGCUAGAUAGAUUAUUUUAUAACCUGAAUAAUAAUAAGAUGAUUAAUAGAGAUAAAUAAAAGAAUUAAAAUAAUAAAUAAUAAAUUUAGAAUAAUAAUUGAAGAUAGCUCAAAAUACUAUAAAAUCAUUGAAAUAGAAUUAAUAGAAUUAAUUAGUAUAAUAAUAAUAGAAUAAUAUUUAAAUGGAAUAAAUUAAUUAAAUUAACAAUCUUUUGGGAUAAAAUAAAAAAUUAAGGGAUUAAUUAUAACAUAUUAAUGAUUAAAAUUUUGUAUUGUCAUAAUUGAAUCAUUAAAUGUAAAAUGAAAAUUAAGAUUUGAGAGAUAAGAUAAAUAUAUUUGAAGAAAUAAUUUCUGAAGAUUUAAAGAAAAACAAGGAUCCAUUUAAAAAAGAUUGGAUUGAAUUAUUCUAAGGUGAAGGUUCAAAUUAUUUAGAAAUAAUUAUUAAUAAAUUAUAAUAUUACAAAUAAUUGUAAUGUAAACAAAAUAAUGAAAGAAUAUUAAUGAAUCCAAUACAUUAAACAGUAAAAAAUAGUAGAAAUUAAAGAUCUUUUUCUAUUGGUAAAAGAGAAUUUAAAUUUUGA